UACUAAUAAUAAUAAUAAUAAUACUUAUUAGGCCAACUGGAAAAAAAAGUGCGCUCUGAACAAACUUUGUCUUCUCGCUUCUAUUAGCGCUUGGCGUUGCUUGUUGCUCCAAGUGAGGGUAUAGUUGGAGAGCUCUUUGCUCUGGCCUCAGUAAAUGCUUCAGCUCAAAACAUCAUCCAAAUCCCACUUCUGAGUUCAAGCGAAGCUUCUGAGUGUGGCUGUGUUCGUCUUUUCGCAGAUAGAUAUAGAUAUGCUCAACAGCUAUAUUAGCUCAGGUGUAUACUCUUUUGGAAGCAAUGGGUCUCUUCCCUUUUCCUUCAGUGAUUACUCAUACUGCUUAAAUGAGAGAUAUGAGAGAAACCCAAUUCAUAAAUCAUCAUCAUGUUGUUGUCACUGUUGUGCUAGCUGUGCAUUUCCAAUCCAUAGAGUAUCCAUAAACCCUGGGUUUUUAUAUGGGUUAAGGCAAUCCUCCCUGCUUCAAUGGCCUGCUUCUAGAAAAUUGAUCUUGGGUGUUGAUAGGUACUAUCACCGGAUUCCGGUUUAUGGUAUUGACCAAGGCUGUUAUGAGGUCUCCUCCUCCUCUCUCAAGGAGAAGAGAAUAUAUAACACAACUGCGGGAAGAAGAAAGGGAAGAUGCUGUUGUAUGGUUGAGCAAGGGAGUAAUGAAAUCUACCAUUCAAGCCGUUUUGAUGGUGCUGAGGCAUUGAUCAAUCUGUUGAGUGAGGAAGUGGAUGAGGAAUAUUUUGGUGGCAAAAGCAGGAAUGGGAUUUCUCAUAAGAGAUUGGCAGUAGAAAGGAGAGUCAAUUCGGGAAGGAGAGAGAGAAAUUUGAAUUCAUUUGAAAAGGUACAAUUGGAAAAGAAGGAGAAAUAUAGUAGCAAGUGCAAUAAUGGGAAGAAGAAAUCCGACGGGUUGAGUAAUUCGAAGCAUGUAUUUGAACCAGUCGCAAUUGAGUCCAGGGAAGAGGAUUCCAAAAGGAAUGACGAAAGGGGGGUACUUACUAGAAGUGAUAACAGAAGGGGAUUAAGAAAAGAGGAUUCUAGCUGUUCAUCUUAUUAUUCAUUGUCAUCUAUACAGGAUUUUGACAGUGAGACAGAAGUUCAUGAUAAGCAUGAACAAGAAGAGUCUUUUACUGGGUAUAAGGACUCAGGAUGGAAAGGAGAAGGUACAUAUGAUGGUGCCUUAGUACAGAAACACAAGAUUAUUGGAGAUGGUGAAGAGGAGCAUGUAAAAGUAUCAGAACAGAGAAAAAAUGCAGUUGGGGGUGUUGCUGAGUGGGAUUGGAGAAAUAAAUCAGAGAAGAAGCUUGCUGAUACAUUGGUUGAAGAAAGACAGUCUAGUAGGGAACACUCUGGAAUGCAUACAAGAGUUUCAGGAACCCAUGAAAGUAACUAUGGCAAAGCCUCCAGUUCUUACAAGCGAUUCAGUGAUGAGGAAGAAAAUUCAGCUUUGACAGUGACUUUGGAGGAAGGCACAAGAAAGCAAUAUGCUCAAAAAGGGAACCAAGGUGAUAAAGUACCUACUACAUCUAGAAGGAAAUUCCCAGAUAAUAAAGAAAGGUCAGUGUUCCUCAGAGGUGACAGUGAAACAUCUUCGCAGCAGCAGGAAAGAUAUAGUAGUAGGGUAGAAAACCUAGAGACAAAUGUUAAUCUUAUAGGCGAAGCAAAAAAAGUGCAGCACAGUGAAGUUAGCCAUCUUACCAAAAAAGAAAGUUUUAGCAGAAAUGACAAGGAUCUUAGAAGAAAGUCAGGAAAAGAUUUGGAUACUGAAAGGACCUUCAUUUCUCAAAGGCAGUCUGAAAUUGGAAUGAUAGGUUGGGAAGAAAAUGCUAAAAUGGUUUCCAAUUCAGUUCAGGAGACACAAGAGCAAUUCCAACAUACAGGUCAAAACAUCCUUGGACAAGCCAACUUGAGAGGAAAAUCUCAACAAUCCACUGAAACGUUAGAAGCCUGUAGUAAUAUCGAGAAGGCUUCCAUUAUCCAGUCUGAAAUCGAGAAGGCUUCCAUUAUCCAGUCUGAAACUACUUUGAAUAGCCAGGUGAGAAACACAAAUUUAGUUUCUGUUACAUGUGCAGAAUCAAUAAAUCCUCAGAGAAUUCGAUCCAGAACAGGCUCCAAUGAUACAACUGCAAUCUCAGUGGCUCAUGCCACGGGAACAGAGAGCAUUCCUAGUUCUCAAUGUGCUUCCGAAAUAAAAAUUGUUAAUCAAGAAAGUAAUACAAUAUUAAUUGGGAUAGCUGGUGAAACAGGAGAAGGAAGUAAGCAAACUAAUGAAAAACUCAAGCAAAUCAGUUCAAGAAAGGAGGACAAAAGGCCUGCUAGGCCUUCAAAUUUUUAUGAGAGAGACUUGGAAGAGGCCUCUACAUUUCAAGGAUCUUUGAAUUUGGUUUCUCAAACUGGUAUUCAGCAGAUUGGUAUGGGGGACCAUAGUAGCUCACAGGCAAUGGUAAUGCCUCCUCCAUCUCAGUUGAUAGCUAGAAGUUCAAUCCAAGAUGACUCAACAAGUGGACAUAAGGCUGAAGAAGUUUUCAGUACAACUUCAGACAGGGGCUCUAGUGCCUUGAAUGCAAGUUCAAGAGGACGUCAUGGGGAGCCUAUGAAUGUCAUUACCCCUGACGAUGCUCUGGGUUCUGCUGAUCGUAUACAGAAAUCCUCCAUGCAGUUUGUUGGAGAGUUUGUUGAGAAGAUGAGGCAUGAAGUCUCAACCUCUGAAGUCCAGAAAGUGAGGCACGUUGCCGAAACAAAAUUAACAUCUGAAGAGGACAAGUUGAGGGAAAAAAGUUCCAGUCCAUAUGUUUCUGAAGACUUCCAGCAAAAGGAGCAGCAUGAAGCUCGUUCAUCUGGAGGUUCUGGAACAAAGGGACCUUCAGAUGAAAUGUGGGAUGUAGCAGACCCAUCUAUUCGUAAAAGUCCUAUGGAAGAAGAAGGGGAGGCCACAGUGACAGGUGGCAAUGUUAUUGUCAGGAGAAGUGGCAGGUCCUUUUGGAAUAUUGUUUCAGAUGUAGUUCGACUGAGGUGGGGUUCACGUUCUGAAACCCCUAGUUCUGCUGCAAGGUCAGGUGGAAAAAUUUCAUCAAAUGAUUCUGUCGGUAGUGAGGCAUGGUUUUCAUCCCGUGAGCCUGAGGAGAACAAAGACAAACAUACAAAGGAAAAAGGCCCACAAUCUGAAACUGCAUCUGAUCAGAUGCAACAUCAAGGAGAAGAGUCUGGCAUACUCAGAUCAGUGGACAAAGUAAGAUAUCUUGAAGCAGAAACAUCAUUUUCUACAAAUAUAGUGGAUAGUGCAUCAACAUCAGAGGGCAUUUUGUUGCCUUCUGGUGAUGGAACUCUAGGCUUUAACAGAUAUGGAAAAAGUGUUGAAGGUACUUCUUCUGACAUGCAAAUAGCAGGAUUAUCCUUACCAUCAGAUGCUAGAGGAGUGAGGUCUACAAUUGUAAGUGAGAUUUCAAGUACCAAUAAUGAUAAGGAGUCUAGUAGUGGUUUGAGGGAGCACAUGGAGCUACCUGCUGGUGGAAACCUUGAUGAAGUAUUAUUAGGGAGUGAGGGAAAGGAUGGAGAGUUGAAAAGAAGGAAGUUCCAGCGGAACAAACAAGUGCCCAAAGACAGAUUUGAUGAGUGGGAAGAAGCCUAUAAACUUGAAAAUGAGCAACGAAAAAUUGAUGAAAUGUUUAUGAGAGAAGCAUUGUUAGAAGCUAAGAAGGCUGCUGAUACCUGGGAGGUGCCUGUCGGGGCUGUAUUAGUGCAACAUGGAAAAAUUAUUGCUCGUGGAUGCAACCUAGUGGAAGAGUUACGAGAUUCUACUGCCCAUGCUGAAAUGAUUUGCAUACGGGAGGCUUCAAAGCUACUUCGUACAUGGAGGCUUUCAGAAUCUACACUUUAUGUAACACUUGAACCAUGUCCCAUGUGUGCUGGAGCAAUACUUCAAGCAAGAGUUGACACUCUUGUCUGGGGAGCCCCCAAUAAGCUUCUUGGAGCUGAUGGCAGCUGGAUAAGGCUUUUCCCUGAUGGGGGAGGGAAUAACUUAGAACUUUCUGAUAAGCCUGCUGCUCCUGUCCAUCCAUUCCACCCAAAAAUGAAUAUCCGGCGUGGUAUAUUGGCAUCAGAAUGUGCAGAUGUAAUGCAACAAUUUUUCCAGCUGAGACGAAGGAAGAAGGAAAAGAAAGCAGAACCAACCCCAACGUCUGGACUUUCUAUUUCACACCAUCCAUCAAAAUUUCUUAGAAGGAUGCAUGAUAUCUUCCACAUGAUGUUCUGUUUGUAACCCUUCGUGCUUUCAAUAAAAUUUCUUAGAAUUUAUUUUGUAUUUUGCUUCUUAAAUAAAAGUUUUGUUGUAUCAACUCUCAAUAUCCGAGAUCAAAGAUGCACAAUUCUGAUUAUUGAAUGUUUUAAAAAAUAAAAUGACAAAA